ACUCAAACCGCUAACCAGACCCACCUUACCAAACUAUAAUAAAAACUAAAAUAAAUCCCCAUUUACAUAAAAUAAAAAAGAAAGACAACAAUUGAAAGAUUCUUCUACUUUAAAUUUGAUCCAACCAAAUACAAAUUGCUUCAUUAAUCAUUAUUUCUUCGUUCAUCUUUUUGCUCAUAAUCUAUCGUAAUUGUUGAUUAAAUCAAUUUUGGGGGGUUUUUCCCCUUUUCCCAAUUUGCUUGGGAAAAUUUUGUAAAAAAUUGAUUGUGGGGUUUUAAGGAUUUAAUAUUUGGAGAAAAUGGGUUCGUAUUUUGAUAGAUGGGAAAAAGAUCCAUUCUUCUCUGCCGCAGAAGAAGUUCAAGAAUCUGUCGACAGGAUGGAAUCAACUUAUAGAACAUGGAUUCAUGCGUUGAAGGAUACUUCUGGUCGCUGGAAUUCUGAUGAGAUAUGUAGAGACCUAAGGACUACCCUUGGCACUGCUAAGUGGCAGUUGGAGGAAUUUGAUCGGGCAGUUAGUUCGAGCUACAAUAAUACAUCAACUGAUGAUGCUAAAGAAAGGCAUGGUGAAUUUGUUAUUGCCAUAGACAAUCAGAUUAAGAAAGUAGAGAAGAGUCUAAAUGAAUCAUCUUUUUCACAAGGCAAUCAAUGGGUGCGCUUGGACGAGAGGGAACUUGAUGAACUAGCUGUGUUUCUCUCAGGACCGUCGGCCUCUUCUUCAUUUUCGGACAAAUCCUCUGUAAAAGUUGACGAAAUAGAGCAGCAAGCAGCACUGUGGGAAGAGGAUUGUAAGCAACAAAUGCCGGAGUAUUCAAAGAGUUCGUCUAACUUAGUGGAUGGGAGUCAAGUUGAGACCAAGGAUGAAAAGUAUCCAGGGCACCGGAAGACAGCAAGUGCUUGUGGUGAUAUUGGUGCUUGGAAGAUCACAGUUGCUGAUGACAUUUACGGCAAACAGCCUGCACCAUCCCCUCGCAAGAUACCCAGUAUUCAAGGACUGUUGAAUUUCAUGGAAUCUUCUAUGAAGUUGAAGUUGUCAAAGAAUGGAUACAGGAAGCUGAGGUUCAACCCUGAUGAUCAUCAAGAAGCUAAUUGUACAUUGCCGCAGUCUCAGCCAUUGACUAAGGGAAUUAACACAUGUUGUGAGAGGAGUAAAAAUUGCCUUGAUUGUUGUGAUGAAAGUUAUCAGAAGCAACUCAAUGGUUGGUAUGGAGCAGUACAACGACAGCUGCAAAGGUCUCAGAAUUAUAUGAAAUAUAACCGACCCGUUCGAAUGGGUUCUUCUGUGGCUCUUCUACUUUUCUUGAUUGUUUUAUUGGCGUUCCAUAUUUGAGCGACGAGCCUUUGUUCCUGCAAACGAAGAAAGCUUGCAGGGUUUCAAAGAUCAACGAACAACUGCCUAUCAACUGUGCCUUAUACAGGCAGGUGAUUUCAUUGGAGUCAUAUGAAGCUGGAACUGAUUGCACUAGAAUUGUUGCAGUAAUACCUUAACAUAUCUAUCCUACCAAUUUAAAUGCCACUAGUGGUGGCUAAAUACUGUUGUACUAUAAGAUGAAUCUUAUGGAUUGCAGGUAAUGUUGUUCGAAACCUGCAUCCACAGAAAUGAACCAUUUCAGGUCUAUUUGACCUGCUAAAUCUUGUAUAGUGUGCUAUUGUUCAUUAUUUGGAUGUUAGACUAA